UGUUCCUCUCUGUAUUUAUAUUUGUGACUCCGUCUCCAUUGUUGCUCUCUGACCCGAAGAAAAUCCUUGAUUGUUUACGUUGAUGGUUCUGUAAAGUUAGGGCUUUUUGGUUUCUUGUUGUGCGAAGGAACGUCAGAGCUUUAAAGGUUAUAGGCAUUUUCGGUGUUUGAUCCUUGACUUUAAGAUUCGAGGGGGUGGGAUGUAUUUGUCAUGUGUCGGGUUCGCCUUCGAGGCGAAGGGGGGUAGGUGGUAAUUUGAGUGUUUGGGGGAGGGGAGGGGGUGGGCCGUGGAGAACAUGACUGAUUUUGGGCCGCGGCUACAGAAGCAGGAGAGCAACGAUGCUCGUGCCGAGUUCCAGCGGGGAUUGGAGGAGUUGAUGCGCGGUCAUUUGGAUGAUUGUAUGUCAUUGGCUUCCUGUAGCUCUACUCGAGAUCAGGACGAUGACGAUGAGGAGGGUGACCAGCUUGUACGCCGGAGGCGACGGUCGGAUCUCGAAGGGGAUGACUUGGCGGAGUCCUCCGCGGCGCGAAGGCGCCACUCUCGUAUAUUGAGUAGGUGGGCUGCCAGGCAGGCCCAGGAGAUGAUUACUACGAUUGAGAGGCGGAACCGUGAGUCUGAACUUAUGGCCCUCGCGGGUUUGCACACUGUCUCCAUGCUUGAUUCAUCCUUUCUGAGGGAGUCACAGUCUCCAUCUUCAAGACGGCAGGGGGCUGUUGAGAGACCUAACACCCAGGCAUCCUCUCUCCUGCAAAUGUGGCGGGAGCUGGAAGAUGAGCACAUGCUCAACCGUGCCCGAGAAAGGAUGAGGCAACAGAGGAGUGUUAACUCCAAUUCCAACCUCUCAAGCACUAACGAGUCUGAAACUCGGGAAAGUGAGCAUCGAGGGAGUUCCGAAGAUGCAAGUGAGAGUGAGAAUGAGUACGGGACUUGGUCCCAAGGUCAAAUGGAGUCACAGAAUGAACAUGGAGACCGCAACAAUUCUAGCCGUGAACAAUCACCAGACAUUGGGGAAGUUGAAAGGGAGAGGGUUAGGCAAAUUGUCCGGGGAUGGAUGGAUAGUGGCAUGAGUGACCAUGCAUCCAAUGUUUCCCAGAGGAACAACAGUCCUAGGGCGGAAUGGCUUGGUGAAACUGAGCGUGAAAGAGUAAGACUUGUGAGAGAGUGGGUCCAGAUGACAAGUCAGCAACAGAGAGGUGCUCGUGGCAGCAGAAGGGAAGACCAAACUGCUGGACUUGGUGUGCAGAUUGAACAGGUUCGUGAUGGCAUGGUUGUUGACCAUGAUGAAGGCCAACCUGAGCACAUCCGGCGGGAAAGGCUGAGGUUGCGUGGCAGACAAGCUCUCCUUGAUUUGCUGGUGAGGAUUGAGAGGGAAAGGCAGGGGGAACUGCAAAACUUGUUAGAGCACAGGGCUGUCUCAGACUUUGCUCAUCGCAACCGCAUUCAGUCAUUACUCAGAGGUCGAUUCUUACGAAGUGAAAGAUCUAAUGAGGAUGAGAGACCACCUUCAAUGGCGGCAGGUGAAUUAGGCCAGUUAAGACAAAGACAUACUGUAUCUGGUUUAAGAGAGGGCUUUCGCUCAACAUUAGAAAAUAUUGUUCGUGGCCAAGUGAACGGCCAUUCUGAUACCUCGUCUAACAACACCAAUGGGCCCAGAAAUGAAGUAAUUCAGUUAAACACCCUACCCACUGCUGCAAAUGAAAACCAUGAACAAUUGCAAUCUAGGGGUCAGGAAAGUGAAGUUCGUCUGUUGCAAGAGCAUACAGGUGAAUUAGAAAAUAACACAACUAUUGAAAGCACAGGUUUGCAAGAACCUACUACUCAAGGAGGUGAUUGGCAAGAACAAGUUACAGAAGAUGGAGGUAGAGAAUGGCAACUGCCUAAUGAAGCUAAUAUUAAUGAAUGGCAAGAUGGAAAUAGGGAAGAAAUAGAUGCUAACUGGCAGGAGAAUACAACCAGGGAUUGGCCCCGGGAAACUUCAGGAAAUGAGGGUGGAGAAGAUAGUCAUCUCCGAGAGGCACAUGAAGAGUGGCAUGAAGAUGGUUCUCAGGAGGCUGUCGAGAAUUGGUCUGAUGGAUCUUCAGAUCCUCCAAGAAAUCGACGUGCUGUUCCUGUUAGGCGGGUCAGUAGAUUCCACCCACCUGAUGAUGACAAUGUGUACAGUAUGGAACUGAGGGAACUUCUGAGCAGGAGAAGUGUUUCUAAUCUUCUUCGUAGUGGGUUCCGUGAGAGCCUAGAUCAAUUGAUACAGUCAUAUGUAGAAAGACAAAGCCGUUCUCCUAUUGACUGGGAUCUGCAUAGGACAUUGGUCCCACCUACUUCGCCAGAGCAAGAUCAGGAGCAGCAAAGAGAUGAUCAGAAUGAGGAUUCCCCAGAAACUGUUACCAGACCUCCACUUGUGCUGCCAUCUCCACCGGUUCCCCCUCCACAGCCUCUUUGGCAACAGGCUUUGAAUCAUGCCAACUGGUCUCGGCACGGCAUACAUCGAUCAGAAAUUGAGUGGGAGAUCAUUAAUGAUUUGAGGGCUGACAUGGCUAGGCUCCAGCAAGGGAUGAGCCACAUGCAGAGGAUGUUGGAGGCCUGCAUGGAUAUGCAACUUGAGUUGCAGCGCUCAGUUAGACAGGAAGUCUCUGCAGCAUUGAACCGGUCAACUGGUGGACAAGGUUUAGGUGUGGAGUCAUCAGAAGAUGGAUCGAAAUGGGGUCAUGUUAGGAAGGGAGCUUGCUGUGUCUGUUGUGAUAGUCAUAUUGAUUCUUUAUUGUACAGAUGUGGGCAUAUGUGCACUUGUUUGAAAUGUGCAAAUGAGUUGAUUCGAGGUGGAGGGAAAUGUCCAUUGUGUCGGGCACCAAUUGUUGAGGUGGUCCGAGCUUACUCCAUACUGUAAAGAAGAGAGAGAGAGAGAGAGAGAGAGAGGGGGGGGGAAGGAAUAAAGGAUAAAGAGAAGGAAUGAUAAGUUGUUGGAGUCUUCUUACUGCCUUUUUCCAGGCUCCUUCAGGUUCUUAUCUGUAGAUUGUUUUGUUCAUUCUGCCGCUGCCGUUCUGAUUAUUUCUGGAACAUAUGUAAAUGAAAUAUUGGAAUGACAAAUGGCACCUUCCAUUCAUCAUUCUGGCCUCAAUAAAGAUGUCGAAUGGAAUAUGAACAUCCUCUCUAAACUUGCCUGUGUUACUGGAUAAAGCUGAGUUAAUGUGUGCA